AUGACUGAUGGAUUUGCAGAGAAACCACAUGAACCCAACACAGCAAAAAAACGAAGAUCAAUUUCGAAGCUUAAAAUUGAAAUAAAAAUUCGAACUCAUGAAGACCGAAAUGAAUUCCCUCUAUUAAAGCUAUCACCAUCACUGUCUGAUGAAGACCCAAAUGACCAACAACAGGGUUUGAAGCCCAAAGUGAGAUCUGGGUCUGGUUCUUCAGUUUCGAAAUUGUGUAAUUCAUCUGCUGGAAAUUUCAAAGUAUUCGAAAACAAUGUAUUAGUUAGAGAGCUUCUUGAAACCAGAGGCGAAGGCAGAGUUCUAGUCAUAGACGGUGGAGGAAGCAAGAGAUGCGCAUUGCUGGGAGGGAAUUUGGGACAAUCGGCUCAAAACAUGGGGUGGGCUGGCAUUGUAAUCAAUGGUUGCGUUAAAGAUGUUGAUGAGAUCAACGGCUCUGAUAUUGGGGUUAGAGCAUUGGCGUCGCAUCCCCAGAAAUCGAAUAAGAAAGGGGUUGGCGAAAAGCAUGUUACCAUUCAUUUUGCAGGGACUUUGAUUCGUGACGGUGAAUGGUUGUAUGCAGAUAGUGAUGGGAUUCUUGUCUCAAAAACUGAGUUGUCUGUUUGAAUCUGCAGGAAAUUAAGCUGUUGUUGUUGAAGAGUUGAAAUUAAUCAUAUGAUGUAAAAUGAGUACUACGAAUGCGAAGAUCGAUUGAUUUAAUAACUCAGAUUUGUUCACUCUUGUUUCUUCUUCUUCUUCGCUAAUAUAUGA